GCCCUGGGCUCAUGGGCAGACGAGAUGGAUUCUUUGCCCACCGCCCCGUCUGCGCGUACCGAUGAUGAUCAUUCCCGGCCAAGUGACAGAGGUUUCGGAAGACGGGACGACUUCAUGUCCUCCAGACCGGAUCGUCCGCCUAGGGAAGAUUUACCUCUCCCUACUCAGCCCCCAUAUACCGCUUUCAUUGGCAACCUCGCCUUUGAUCUGACGGAAUCGGAGUUGGAAGAGUUCUUUGGCGGAUCCAAGGUAAAAUCCGCCAAAAUCAUCAAGGAUCGUGAAGAUAAACCGAAGGGCUUUGGAUAUGUCGAAUUUGUUGACUUGGACUCCUUGAAGGAGGCUUUGGACAAAUCGGGAUCAAACUUUGCCGGUCGCACCAUCCGUGUCAGUGUGGCAGAACCCCCCAAGGAGCGUGGAGGUUUUGGCGCAGCGGAUGACGACGCAAAAUUCUCCGGCAAUUGGCGGCGCGAAGGUCCACUACCUGAUGCGCCAGGCUCGCGUGACUCCUCUCGUCGUCGCUUCGAAGGACCGUCGGGUGAACGGCCUGCAUCUGCAUACGAGUCCGUGAGCGACUGGCGUUCCAGCCGACCUGCCAGGGCGCCGGCUCCUGAGCCGGAAGCGCCGUCAUUUAGACGGAGGGGUUCGGGAUUCCUGGGGGGCGAAGUACAUGCCCCUCCCUCGGACGAACAGUGGACAAUAGGAAGCAAAUUCAAACCCAGCACAGACGAGGUGCCGACCAGUAAAUUCGGCAGCGUCCGGGGUCGGAGUGAGGUGAAUCAAUCGCGAGAGACAGCGGCGAGCGAUGAGCCCUCUGACUGGCGCAGUUCUGCGAAGCCGAGACCAGUUACUAGGAACAGUUCAUCUCCGACUGCGUCCACCCCUCCUACACCUCAGAUGGGUCGCAGGAAAUUGGAACUCUUGCCGCGAACCAGUGGCUCUAAUAGUCCUUCCCCUCUCGCUUCCCCCAAGAUGGCGCCCAGUACAGUGAGUUCCAGUUCGAGUCGUUCUAAUCCCUUCGGGGCUGCGAAGCCUGUCGACGUCACGGCCCGAGAACAGGAAGUCCUCCAGAAAAUCGAAAGAGAGCGAGAAGCCACUAAGGAACGCGUCUCGCACCCCAUGUCGCGCACCAGUUCUCGUACAGGAUCAGAGCGCAACGCUUCCAACUUCACCCGCUCGCCUCCGCCUGCCACUGCCAGUCCCCCGACGCCCAGUUCACCACGCAGCUCUACAGCCCAGACUGCUACCGUGCGCCCCGCUGUAAGCUUCGCCUCUGCAGCUGGGGGCCGCAAAGAGUCUGCGUCAGAGAGGACUGAAGACACGUCUGAGACCUCUAAAAGUACUGAUGAGCGGGUUGCUGAGGUUACCUCUCAGAUUGCGGAGGUCGCUAUUUGA